UUCGACCAUUUCAGAACAAACAAAUAAUGAAGUCGACAAGCCGAAAUCUAAAGCAAGUUCGUUGGUUCGAAGUAUUUUUCAUGGCUCGCCAGCUGCUAAAGAAGAGGAGAAGCAAACGCAUUCUAAGUUACUUGCACGUGGGAAAUAUGUUCACGAGUUGCAAAAACACAAAAUAAAGCCAGAAUAUCUCGAAGAUUAUAUAAAACUCGUUUCUGAACAUUAUCCACGCAUUGCCAAUGAUAAGGAAAAUUUCGUUCAUCUAUGUGGUAGUUGGCAGACUGAAAUUGGCGAUCUAGAUACAUUUUUUCAUAUCUGGGAAUAUAAAGGAUAUUCAGGAUAUCAUGAUACACAGAAUCGGAUCAAAAAAGAUGUUCAUUAUCAAAGAUUCGCCAAAGAAGUAAGACCAAUGAUUCUUCAGCGUACCAAUCAAAUUUGCCUUGAAUUUGCUUUUUGGCAAACUAGUCCCCCAAAAGUUUAUGGCGGGAUUUAUGAAUUAAGAACCUAUCAGCUAAAGCCUGGACAUUUACUAGAUUGGGAAUCUUAUUGGAAUCGCGGGUUAGAAUGUCGUAGACAAUUUUGCGAGCCAGUUGGAGCUUGGUUUUCUCAAUUAGGUGAUCUCAACUAUGUGCAUCACAUGUGGCAAUAUCCCGACUUGGAGAAACGUAAAAUUACACGCGAACAAGCGUGGCAGGUGGAUGGAUGGGCCGAAACUGUUUAUAAAACUG